AUGUUUUUCUACGGAAGCGACAGUGACGAUGAUUGUAUGCUUGCACCACAGAGACGUCAGCUGCGGGAUAAAAGUGAUCCUCUUUCUCUGAAUAAAAAUCAGUUUCGUCAGUGUUUUAGAGUGAGUCGAGAAGCUUUCAAGAAUAUUCUUGAAACAACCGAGUUCCCGCAAACUUCCAAAUCCUCAGCUAUUCCUUCUACGUUGAAAUUGGCAGCCACUUUAAAUCUACUAGCUAGUGGAUCCUAUCAAACCAACGUGGGAGCAAGCUUUUUGCUUGGAAUGGCGCAGCCAACCGUUUCUACGAUAUUUAGCGAAUUAAUAUCUCUAUUAGAAGAAACCCUCUGUGAAAAGUGGAUCGGAUUAAAUACGCAAUCCUUCAAUGAAACAAAAAAGCACUACUUUGAUAAAUUCAAGAUACCCGGUGUCGUAGGGUGUAUCGAUGGUACCCAUAUACCCAUUUUGAGACCUACAAAGGACGAACACAUGUAUUUUAAUCGAAAAGGAUUUCACAGUAUCAACGCCAUGAUAAUAACCGACCAUAACUAUCGCAUUCUGGCCAUAAAUCCCCGUUUCGGUGGAGCUGCUCACGACUCAUUUGUGUGGGACAUGAGUGCAGAACGAGAGUUUUUCGAAGAAAACUUCCGGAAUGAAGAAUCUAGAUUAUUAGGUGAUAGUGGAUAUUGCUUAGCACCUUGGCUGUUAACACCAUACCGAAAUGCUAUCGCUAAUUAUGGUUCAGGGGAAGAAAAGUUCAACAGUAUACAUUCUACUGCCAGAUGCUCGAUAGAAAGAGGAAUUGGUGUAUUAAAAUCUCGCUGGAGGUGUCUAUCGUCUGAUCGUAAGCUUCGAUACAGUCCGAAGAAGAUCACAGCAAUUAUAAAUUUCCAGUUCCAGUAUCCAUGUCACGUACACGUCCAGUGUCCUCAGAAGCUGAAGGAAAGCCGCCCAACUCUUCUGCCAUAUAUUCAUUAA